ACGUUAUUUCUGGUCAUGCCAAUAAAAGAUGCUCGUGUUUACUUGUAGGUGUCAUUUCCCGCCUUCCAGCAUCACCCUCUGCGUGACCAUGGAAACCAGUGCACGGGUGCUUAGCAACGUGUAGGGGAAGAGGGGGAGGAGGAGAAUAGAUGAGUGACGAGGCGCGCAGGCCAGGACAGGAGAGGAUCGCUUCAUCACGGAAUCGUUAAAAAUAUAGGCUAUCUAUCCACGAUCGACGGAAGGUCAUACCAGCGAUUAAAAAGCAACUCGAAGCGGAUAAAAUAUAAACGCGGUUUGCUGAGGUUUUUCCCGACAUUGCAGAAGCCUGCGUCACGAGGAGAAAAAAAAUAAGUCAGUAAGGCUGAAUUGCUGAGAUGAAAUUCGUGGCGAUUGUGGCGGGGGCCGGAGCGAUCGCUUUUCUCGGCGCGCUGGUGUGCAUCGUGGCGAGCGUGUACUCGCGCUCCCCGGCCGCCGCCCUGCAGACUCUCGCGGCCGCCAACGGGACCGCGUCCCCGGUCCCGUCGGGCUCGCUGGGAGCUCUGUACGGCGCCGACGCGAGCGAACGGCAAUCUUUGGAUGGGGCGGGCCGCGAAACGCCGCUCCUGGGCGAGCUGAGCGCCGGAGCCAGCCCGCAGCGCUUCACCUUCAGCCGCCUCCUGUGUUCGCCCGUACCGCCCGGGGAAUGCACGAUGAAGCGCCGGAGACGCGACAAAGAGGAGGAACAGCAGGCUGAAUACGAGGAUGAAGACUGGAACGCCCUGAGCGCGACCGCCGAGGAGCUCCGGCGCACCGUGGCGCUACAGAGCGAACAGAUCGCCGCCGACCGCAAGACCAUCGACGAGCUUACCGGCAAACUCGCCGAGUGCGAGAGCGCGCUGCUGGAUGAGCGCAGCGUGGCGGAGCGCGGAGCCGCGGCAUCAUGGCCCGCACGACGCCGCCUCAUGGCCGGGGAUGGCGUGCGGGAAUCCACCGCGGCACAACUGUACACCGCCCGGGCUGUCGAGGAGCUCGAGAGAGCCAUCCUCCAGCUCAAAGACCGCAUCGAGAAGCUCGAGCUGGAGAUGGUGCCUGCUCUGCUGAACCACUCGGAGGUGGCAGCAGGCUCCACAGGCAUGUGGCCGGCGUUGGGCCAGCCUGGUGGGCGGGUGGAGGAUGUUGGCGGAGAGCUGGUGCAGAAGGUAAAGCAGCUGGAGGAGGAGAGGAAGAACCUACGCAAGGAGACACAGAAUCACCACCAGCACAUCGACAAGGGCAUCAACACUCUGCAGGAGCGCGUCUCAGAUCUGGAGCAAAGUUUUAUAGGUCGGAGUUACCCACAGGGCUACAAGCUCUCCUUCCCCAUGCGGACCAACUACAUGUACGGCUUGGUGAGACGGAACAUUCCGGAGAUGUACGCCUUCACGGCUUGCGUGUGGUUGAAGGCGACCGAAAGCGGGAUCGGGACACCGUUCUCAUACGCCGUGGACAAGCAGCCCAACGAGCUCGUCCUUCUGCAAGGCGUCCAUAAUCCAGCCGAGCUGCUUAUUAACGCUAAGGUGGCACAGCUGCCCCUGUCGUUCCCUCCUGGCACUUGGCAGCACGUGUGUGUGACCUGGACUCUACGUGAUGGCGUCUGGAAGGCCUAUCAGGGCGGCAAGCUAAAGGGGCGGGGUGAAGGGCUGUCAGCAUGGCAUCCAAUCAUGGCAGGCGGUGUGCUGGUUCUGGGACAAGAACAGGACACGCCGGGCGGACAGUUCGAUGCCUCCCAGGCUCUGGUGGGUGAGCUGUCUCUGUUUAACCUGUGGGACCGCGUGCUCUCGCCGGCUGAGAUCGGCACCGUGGCAGCCUGUGGAGAACCUGUGCUGCUGGGGAACGUGGCGUCAUGGACGGAUCGAGAGGUGGAUGUUUUCGGAGGAGCCACCAAGGAGCCUGUAGACCCCUGCUCCAGUGACGCUGGACCCCAGAAAUGAUGGAUGUCGCUUUUUGAGAAGUCGGAGAGGGAAGCUGAAAUGUCGGAGUGUGUUUAGUGGGAAUGGUCACUGUGGUAGUACAUUCAUGAUCGCAUUAGUAUUCUCUCUUCUCUGUGUGUGUGUGUGUGUGUGUGUGUGUGUGUGUGUGGAUCUGCAGAGCCAAUGACUGGAACUGCUAAGUGCUUAAAAGCCACUGUGUAUCUUCCUGUGUCUCGUGCGUGUAAUCUUCUUCUAGCGGGUGUGUGACCCUCGUGUCGUUUCCGCACUCAUCCAUUUUCACGCAUUUCUCUCUAAGAUCGAUAUUUUCCUUCCUUCCUGUCUAUGCCUACUGUGUUCUUUGACAGCGUAACUGUGAUUGUAGUGGCCUUUACUUAACAUUCACUGCACUCUUACUAAAGCAAACGUCUGAUGUUGACGUUAUCGCUCUCAGACCUUGCGUCAUUUUCUUCUGUUGUUUCACGUCUGUCAAACUUUUUUUUUUUUUUAUCACGUUGCGUCUUUUCUUCUUCUAAUAAUAAUAAUAAUAAUAAUUUUUACACCAGAGUAUUCAUGUUGUUUUUUAUUGUUGUUUCUUUAAUAAAUAAAUCGGUUGACUUUGA